AUGCCAUCUGUAACUGAUAUUCAACAACAAACGUCGAAGAUAUCGUUGAAUAAUGAUGGAAAAUCCACACCACCACCACAAUCAUCAGCAGGAAUGACAAGUGAUGCUGUAAAUGCUGAUCCUUUCACUCAAAUCAUUCUUGCUUUUGAAAAGAAACAACGAAAUUUGGGCAAAAGAAAGGAUAAACUUGAAAGUUAUCAACAAGAAGCGAAAAGUGGAAAAGAAUUGAAUAAGGAUCAAAAGGAAGCAUUGGCGAAAUAUGGAGAAGUUCUUGGUCAAAUCGAAUGUGUCAAAGAUCUUCAUGAACAAGUGAAAAAGAUUCAAGCUGAAUCAAGUAAAAUUCAAAAACGUCUAAACAAACAAGCAGCCGAAGAAAAGCGUUUAUUAGUAAGCCAACGUCUUCGUGAAUACGCUCAACUUCGAUAUCUACUCGAUCAUCGGCCAACGACAUUAAAACCCGAAGAGUCAUCGUUAUUAGAUAAACUCGCUCGUGCUAUUGUUCCAUCAGAUAUUUCAUCCAGUACAAUAACUCGUUCUGUUGAUAUUGUCUUAGCAAUUUAUCAAGGUGGACCAUUAUCAUCAACAAUCAAAAAUCUGACUGAUCGAUCAUCACAAGAAGUUCGAGAUAUCCUUGAACAAUUAAUCAAACAAUAUCAAUCAAGUUCCGAGGAGAAGUUAACAGUUCAACAAACACAAUUAAUUGAAACUGUUAAACAAACACCACUUGUCCCUCAAGCUCCACCAACAACACCUGCUUCUGUACUUCCACAACGUGAACAAAACAAACCCGAAUCAAACAAUAACAAUGAUGCUUUAGGACCAUCAUUGAGUCAUACUCAUUUAAUUCCAACAAAUCCAAAUGAACAUCCAUUACAAUUUGAUACUCGAGAUCAAAAUAUUCCCUACCAUCAACUCGUGCAAGAUAGUCCUUUCUUUCUACCUCUCGAGCCAUCAAAUACAACUAAUAAUCAACAAAUCAAGCAAGACUCAUCAGCCACUCAAGAUAACACUCAAAUUCAAUCAAAUGAACCAAACCACUAUUUGCAACCAUUCAAUGUUCACACGUCUUCUCAAGAUUACACGCAAACAUCAACUCAACAACAACAACAUCAAGGAAUGAAUAACUACGAACAAGACAAUUCAUCGAAUGUUGUUCAUUCAAAUAAUAUGCCAACAGACGAACAACAAUCUGAAGAACAAUGGCAUCAUCGUCGCGGUAACAGUGGAAAUAACUAUCGCGGUGCACAUUACAAUGGAAAUGGAAACAAAAAUUAUAAUCGCGGCGGUUCAAAUAAUUACAGUCAACAACAAUGGCGAGGACCACGUGGUGGUGGUCAUCAUGAUGGUUCUUUCGGCGGUGGACAACGGCAAUAUAAUGAAAAUAACAAUGGUGGUCGAGGUGGAUCACGCGGUGGAUCUAAUCCUAACUAUCGCGGCAAUCGCGGAGGUAGUUAUCGUGGUGGAAAUCGCGGAAAUGGUAAUCCUGGUUACAAUGGCAACGGAUAUCAAAGAUCAUCUCAAUAUCAACAUGAACAACAAUAA